UUUUAGGAUGUUAUUCAGAGCUUGUGAAGCUUGAGAAAAAUAUUGAACACUACAAUGUCUCACGGCACAGCUCAAAUAGUUUCUCAAAUGCUGGAGGCGCACUACCAUAAGUCUAAAGAUGGUUGUUAUGGUGGGAGACCCAGCAGCAAUGCAUUGAAACUAAUGGAGGGGGGAUUGUUGCAGGAUUAUCUUAAUGAGGCGGGGCCUCAGGGUCUAGUACGUGAGUUUGACAGUGCUCUGACCUGGGCAACCCCAACAAAUGUCAGGGACAGGUUACUUAUACUCAACUGUGCUGCCGCUGCUGACAUCGUCCCUGACGAUGAGCCGGAUCACCUGUCAUGGCGGAGUAUAAAGACACGUGAUCAGGAACCAGUCCAGUCCGUCCACCUCACCAAACAGAUGGGUUCCGGGUUCGGCUUCUCCCUGGUUACUAUUGAUAGGAGUGUAUACGUGAGGAGACUCCAACCUUACUCUCCUGCUAGCGCGAGCGGGAAGAUGCAGGAAGGAGACAGGGUAGUGUCUGUGAACGGUACGAAUGUUGGGGCUACCCUCAAUCAAAACGGGAUUAUCCAGCUGCUGAAAAAGGAGAAAGAGAUAGAGUUAACUGUAGCUCAUGUUAAUUUUGACGGUAAAGGUUGUCCCGAAACUACCUACGAUAGGAACAGCCCACUGCAAUCACCGGCACUAGACAACAGUUACAAGUUAGCUCUGGAUCUGUCCUUCAGUUCUCCUGGGACUCUCUCUAACUGCAGCGAGGCCUCCUCAACCAUCUACAGAAACAAUGGUAUGAGUAAUACAGGGUGUGACAGUACGCUGCGCGGCAACCUGCGCGCUGACAUGCGCAGCGAUGCACAAACAGACUCCAGGAAAAACGGACACAGAAACAUUUCUGUCGGAUCAGUGGGGGACAGUAUGUCAACAAGUUCCUCGCACGAAGUAGCUCUAACUCACUCCUCCUCGGAGAGUGACCCCACAACCCGCUCCUCACUCUCGCCUAGAUACGAGCCUAGUUCUAGUAGAUACGAGCACGGCUCACCUGGAUCACAUGGUUACGAACGAAGGUACGAGACACCUCCAGUACAAAGUAGACCAGAUACCAGGACUUCCCUUACCAGCUCAAUCAGUAGUCACAGCUCCGUAAACAAGGACUAUUACCGGGAGUCAGUGGAGAGUUUACCUCUCUCCGUACAAAGCUUGGGAUCCACCGAGUACAUCGUCCUACCCAACCACGGCAAGGGUAUUGGGAUUGGCAUCUCCGGCAAAUCUGGAGUCAUUAUCCGGAAUAUACUGCAAGGAUCUAUUGCUGAUAAGGACGGCAGGCUGCAGAUAGGAGACCACAUAAUUCAAGUCAACAACAUUAAGUGCGCCAACUUCGGCCAGGCGGAGACAAAAGAUCUUGUGAUACCUGAACUAAGAAACUCAACUCCAACAGUAAAACUUCUCGUCCAACAUGCCUCCAAACGGAUUAGAACACCGUCUUCUCACACUAACGGUAGUGGAGCUACCAACACUCCUUCUAAAUCCGGGCCUGGUUCUACCCUUCCUGUACAGAAACACAUUGAUCAGGCCCCUGACAUGUUGUUACCGGAGGCACUGUGGUCAGAUGCAAAUCCUUCAGCUCCUAUAGCUUACAGAUUUGGAACUGUUAUUCUACCUGCCCCUGCUUGGAUAAGUUGGAGUAAGAAAAGCAUUUCGUCACGCUUACAAAGUUAGCAAACGGUUUUGGAUUCAGUAUAAUGGAUUAUAAGGAACCAAAACAGAAAUCAGGAGACAACACGUCAGUCCUCAUAAUCCGUCAAAUAACUCCGUUUGGAGCGGCUGACUUGGAAGGACAUUUGUCGCUGGGAGAGAGGAUAAUGUCGGUUAACGGGGAACCCAUCACUGAUCACACUAUUGAGGAUAUAGUGGGGAUGAUUAAACCCUGCAAUGUGCUUCAACUCAAGAUGUGUAAGCCAGUGGAGAGUGAGAGCUGGAAGAGUCUGCUGAAUACUAAUAUAUCUGCAAUACCUCUAGUUAGUGGACCACGCUCCACCAGUCGCAACAGCUCUCAGGAAGCGAUCAGUACAUCCACUUUGAACGUGGCUAGAGCAAACUCAUAUCAGUCACUAAACAGUGAGGUAUCUGCGGAGCAAACAUCCUUCUCUCAUCAACCAAUAAUUCGUCAUCCGGGUGAUAACAAACGUUCUUCGAGCGAUAACAUUCGCCAUCCUGGAGAUAACAUCGUCACCAUGGAGAAAGUAUCCGUCACCCUGACAAUAUCCAUCAUACUGGGGACAAUGUCCGUUAUUCUACUGACAAUACUCGAGAACCUAUUGAUAAAGUUGGCAGUGAUGGAUUCGUUACUAUAGUGAUGCUCCUGAAGAAAACAACCACAGAAACAUACAGCCGAACUAUCAAAGAGAAAGGCCAAACUCAGAAGAGGAAUUCAAAUCAAGUUUUAUGUCCCGUGGUAUUCCCUCAAUGUACGAAGCAACUGAGCAACAUUCUCACUCAAGGUCAUAUAGCGCCGACAGAUCCAGUGGAACCGAUCUCCAUAGCAACGAUCUGGAUUCUUCUUCCGGAGGACCAGGAUCCGGGGGCAGUUCCCUCCGUCGGAGAUACCAACCCUCAAACCACGGACAUCUGGGCAUAGUUCGUAGAGUCAACAGCGAUAAGAGCGAGGAAGCACAGAGGAGACGUGGUGAUCACAAUGGUGGUCCGGACAGUUGUGAUUCUAACUUGAGAUACACUGACGUAAGACAACCUCGCCCACCACAACGUGAAGUCCGCGAACAAGGGAGAGUCCGAUCACCGGAUGUCCGGAGACAGAGAUACAGGGGUAACAGAGCAGGGACAGGGACAUCGUAUCCUGCUACAAGUCGCAAACAGGAGACUACUUUUGGGACGAAACAGGCAUAUAAGCAAAGUCAUUCCUCCGGGAGCAACUCUGAGAUACAAUCCAUCAUUAGCUCAGUCUCUGGGAUCAACAACAGCGAACUAACUGAGAUGUGGAAAAAGAGGACCGUCAAACCCACCCCCAGCAAGCAACUAUCCAGAGUUUAAAAAUGUGGACAAAUGUUAACUUCUAUUUUGGAGUUUCGAGGAUUUUUAAAUAGAGAUUUAUCACAUAGGUUGAAGUAGCUGAGAUUUGAUUGAACAAGUUUAUUUUAUUUAGUGAAGUUUCCAGUUGUGGAACGAUGCGAUUAAGCAAAUUUUACGAACUUUAAAUGAUUCAAGAUUUUUAUAUAUUAUAGUUAUGCUAAAUACUAAAUAUGAGCUAAAUGAGAUUAGCCUAACACUAAUUUAAUAAACAGCGAGCCAGAAAUAUUUUCCUGAAAAUGCAUGAACGCUAAUAGUUAGAUAGGUAUUUGACUGUGAUAUCCCAUUGUAUCCCUGACUGUUGAAUAAGCAAUUAGCAUAACCAAGGUACGAUAUUAUUUUAACAAUAAUAGUAUUUAUAGCUCUAUCUUUGGGUGCUUCCUGGCUGUCCGACACAGUGCAUGUGUAAAUAUCUGGGUACACUUCAAUAAUCAAUACAGGAGAAGUAAUCUUAUUUCUCUAAGAAACCCAUAAAGAGUAUAAAUGUUAGAUUCAAGCACUGACUCGGACGUUGUAGCCAAAGUGGGAGUAGAUUUUUCUUAGAUUUUUAGCAUUUUUGUAGCGCAGACGAUCUAAGCUUUGUAUUAUGAAUGUUAUAGAAUUUACUAAUUUUUUUUGCAAAUAGG